AAUGAAAUACCACUGGAGCAGACAGAGAAUCUUGAUAAACAGUAACUCUAUCUUGCUAGAGGAUAAGAGAGGAAAGAAGUCCAACCUCUGUGGCACCCUACAAGAGACUAUCCACCAGGCCAAUUUCUCCUUCCCCUACUGUGAGUGACUGGAAUCAGCCACUGAGGAAAAAGCAGAACCAGUCCAAUCCUCAACUCCCAUAGGCAAUCUAGAAGAAAACUCUGGUCGAUUGUAUCAAAGGGUCACUGAGAGGUUCAAAAGACUUUGGUGCACUAUCCUCAUCCAGGUCCUGACAAAAGUAAUCCGCUAAUAUAAUCAAUAUUGUCUCCAUUCCAUGUCCCAAACUUGAAGCCUGACUCAAAAGCACCCAUGUAAUCUAUUUCCUCUGGAGUGCACCACAGUUGACUCCUUGUCGCCAUCUCAUCAACCUUCCCCUAAAAGGGAAAUAUGGGGGCCAAGUAAUGGUCUAACAGCUCUGGAUCCAGGGAGGAACUCACCACAGCCAGAAGGAGCUGUGCCGUAGCCUCCUUCAAGGCCAGCAGCAUCAUUCCCUCCUACAGUGAGGCAUUAACAAUUUCCUGGAUUCAGAAAGUUACCUCUUCCCCAUUUGUACAAAGGAGCAAGGAAAGGCAUAGAUCUAGUCCACUAGUGACAGAGAAUGUUCUAGAGAGCAUCCCAUCCACUUUAUCCAAGAUCAAAGGAAUUCCAUGACUCUAAGCAAGAUGAUGAUCCCGUCACCACUCUGGGCUGUGUCUAUAUAAUUCAUUCUUCUUGCAGGUGAAAUGAAAGCGAGGGAGCCUCAAACUUGUCAAUCCAGCUUCUGUUUUAGGUUUUGCACGAUACCUGAGGGGCUAAGAGGGCUGGUGAUAGUAUUGCAUCUGAUCAUAAUUCCCAUUUUAGCUCUCUUCUACACAGGGAUGCAGUCCCAAGUGCCAGUAGUGAGAUGGGAUUACUCCUCCACUGAUUGCAUUACAGUAUACCAAAAUUGAGCAGUGACCAAAGUUCUCAAAAUAUCCCCAUGUCAGUCAUAUUCUGUCCAUUGACUAGGAUGUGCUAUUUCAAGCAGCUGUUACUAGAGGGAAUAUGUUCAGAAGGACUCCACUUGCUAGAACCCAAGAACUAUCGUUACCUUAACCAGUCUGGUUGUAUAAUCAAUGAGGACCUGGAUGACCGAGAGAUGUUCAGCAAAGUUAUGACUGCAUUUGAAGUCAUGGGAUUCAGUUCUGAAGAGAUCAGAGACAUCUUCAAACUUAUAUCUGGCAUUCUACAACUUGGAAACAUUGAGUUCAUGACUGCUGGAGGGGCUCAGAUUACCACAAAAACUGUGCUGCAUAAUGUCAGUGAACUGCUUGGCUUGGACACCUUCCAGCUGUCUGAGGUACUUACUCAAAGAUCCAUGUUUCUACGUGGGGAAGAAAUUAGCUCUCCCCUCACUGUGGAACAGGCUACUGACUCCAGAGACUCUCUUGCUAUGGCCCUUUAUUCACAGUGCUUCUCAUGGAUCAUUGGAAAAAUUAACUCAAAGAUCAAAGGGAAAGAAAAUUUUAAAUCUGUGGGAAUCUUGGAUAUCUUUGGUUUUGAGAAUUUCCAGGCAAAUCGUUUUGAACAGUUUAACAUUAACUAUGCAAAUGAGAAGCUCCAAGAGUACUUCAACAAGCACAUCUUCUCCCUGGAGCAGCUUGAGUACAACAGAGAGGGAAUCAUCUGGGAAGCCAUUGAUUGGAUGGAUAAUGCAGAAUGCUUAGAUCUUAUUGAGAAGAAACUUGGCUUGCUGGCGUUAGUUAACGAGGAGAGUAGAUUCCCUAAAGGCACAGACAGCACCCUCUUGGAAAAACUGCACAACCAGCAUGGGAACAACCAGUAUUACAUGAAGCCCCGAGUGACAGAUUUCCAUUUCGGGAUCCAGCAUUAUGCUGGAGAAGUCCUCUAUGACGUGAGAGGCUUUCUGGAAAAAAACAGAGAUACCUUUCGAGAUGACAUUUUAAACAUGCUGAAGGAUAGCAGGCUGGAUUUCAUCUAUGACCUCUUUGAAAGAGUUGCUAGCUGCAACAGUGAAGACACUCUGAAGCUGGGAACUCAGAGACGCAGGCCAACUGUCAGCUCCCAGUUUAGGGACUCCUUACAUUCCUUAAUGGCUACUCUCAGCACUUGCAAUCCACUCUUCAUUCGCUGCAUCAAACCAAACCUGGAAAAGGCUCCAAAUCUAUUCAGUCCAGAUGUUGUGUUGAAACAGCUGCGAUACUCAGGUAUGCUAGAGACAGUGAAGAUUCGGAGAGCUGGUUUUCCCGUGCGGCGUCUUUGUCAAGAUUUCCUCUGCAGAUACAAAAUGCUUUUGAAGAAUUGGAGCAACCCAGACAGUGCAAGAACCACAUGUACAAACUUUUUGCAGAUGUAUGACAACACCCAGAGAGAAUGGAAGCUGGGGAAAACCAAGGUUUUCCUGAAGGAGGUUCUGGAACAAAAGCUGGAAAAGGCCCGGGAAGAAGAGCUGAAGAAGGCGGCCACCGUCAUCCGAGCCCACGUCCUGGGCUACAUGGCAAGGAAGAAGUAUCGAAGAGUGCUAGCCAGUGUUGUGACCAUUCAAAAAAAUUAUCGUGCUCACUUCUGGAAGAAGUCUCUCUUGCGCCUGAAAGCCUCUGCCAUUGUCCUGCAAAAGCACUGGCGUGGAUGCCUAGCUCGUAACCUCUAUCAAGACCUGCUGGAAGAAAAACAGAGGCAGAAAGAGGAAGCUGAGGAGCAGAGGCGAGAAGAAGAGAGGAUUAGAAAAGAGGAAGAAGAAAGGCAAUGGCAAGAAGAGAGGGAGCGUAGAAGGAAGCAAGAAGAGAAGGAAAAGAAAAGGAAAAAGGAACAGUUGGAAGCAGCACUGCAGAUUGCUCAGAUGGAGGUAGUAAAAACCCAGAAGGAGAACCAUCCACUGCGGGAAGAGGAACAGCGUCAAAUGGAGGAGAUUCUGCGUUUGGAAAGGGAAAUUGAGAAGCUGCAGUGGCAACAGAAGGCAGAUCAUGUGUCCAUUACAUGUGAGAAUACCAAGAAUGAGAUGAAGCGGCAGCGGGAAGAAGAAAUACAGAGGCUAGAGAAAGAAGCAUCUAGGGUUGCACAGGAAUUCUUAGAACUUUUAGAUUUUGGGAACCUGGAUGAAAGUGUACAAAACUUAGAACGCUCCCUGUCUAAUGAAGGAACUCUCAAUAUUGAAUGCAGCCUUGUUGCUCCACUAGCUGAGGAAGAAGAAGAUGAAGGUUUUCCUGCUGAUGAAGAAGGGCCGCCAGUCCCCAGCCCAAGUCUGUUGAACCAGGACAGUAGCACCAGGACCAGUGAUAACUAUUAUUCGGAGGAAGACACAUCUCCAAAUAUGCCAGUGUCUGGGGAGGAAGAGAACCGAGAAGGUAAUGUUCUGCUUCCUUCUACUGAGAGAGCUGGAAGCCCUCAGAAAGAACAUCUGGAAAGCAUAUACUGGAUAGGCUCAGAAGUGACGCAGAACGACAUGGUAGAAGUGGAAGAUCCAAUUUACAGCUUGCCUCCAGAUGUGGAAUCAGAUUAUGACCAUGAGGAAUAUGAUGGCAUUGUAGAUAUCAGCAGCACAUCAAUUGAGCCACUGAACAGGGAGGGAGGCCUGCGCAAUUCUCAUAGCAACGGUGUGGAUUCCAAUCGUGGAAGCUUGGACUCGUUUUUAGAUCCCAAAGAUGAAGAAGGGGAUACUUAUAUGGACACAGAUGAAGAAUUCUGUACUGGCCGGGUCACUCUUUUCAAUGGAUCUGGGCCUGCAUAUUUUCACAGCUAUCUCUACAUGAAGGGGGGGUUGAUGAACCCCUGGAGGCGGCGUUGGUGUGUCCUAAAAAAUGAGGCCUUUAUGUGGUUCCGAGCCAAACAGGAGGCCUUAAAGUCAGGCUGGCUUUAUAAGAAAGGAGGAGGCAUGUCCACAUUAUCUCGACGGAAUUGGAAACGGCGCUGGUUUGUCCUGAGAGAGGCCAAAUUGAUGUAUUUUGAGAAUGACAGUGAAGAAAAGCUGAAAGGAACAAUUGAUAUCAGGAAAGCAAAGGAAAUUGUGGAUAUUCACGAGAAAGAGAAUGCCCUGGAUAUUGUGACAGGUGAUCGGGUUUACCAUAUAGUGGCAGAGUCACCAGAAGAUGCCAGUGACUGGUUUAAUGUCCUAAGUCAUGUGCAUAGUGCCACAGAGCAACAGCUGAGAGAAAUGCAAGAUGAACAAGCCAAUCCAAAGAAUGCGGUGGGAACCCUUGAUGUUGGGCUUAUUGAUUCUGUCUGUGCAUCUGAUAAUCCUGACAGGCCAAAUUCCUUUGUGAUCAUCACGGCAAAUAGAGUUAUUCAUUGCAACAGUGACAUCCCUGAAGAGAUGCACCACUGGAUCUCUCUCCUACAGAAGCCCAAAGGCGAAUCCAGGGUUGAUGGGCAGGAAUUUAUUGUGAGAGGGUGGCUACAUAAGGAGGUCCAGAGCAACAGCAAGACAUUGUCCCUGAAGCUGAAGAAACGCUGGUUUGUAUUGACCAGCACUGCCCUUGACUAUUACAAGUCUUCCGAACGCACCGCCACCAAGCUCGGGACGCUUGUUCUCAAUAGCCUCUGCUCAGUGAUCCAGCCUGAUGAAAGAAUCUUCAAAGAAACUGCAGGUUACUGGAACAUCACUGUGCAUGGCAGAAAGCAUUCAUACCACCUCUACACAAAGUUAUUGAAUGAAGCCAUGCGCUGGGCCUCUGCCAUCCAAGGAGUCAUUGACAGCAAAGUUCCCAUUGAAACACCCACACAGCAACUUAUUCGUGACAUUAGGGAAAAUAAUACUAAUUCUGAAGUGGUAGAACAAAUCUACCGAAGGAAUCCCAUUCUGAGAUACACCCAACAUCCCUUGCACUCACCACUGCUGCCACUGCCUUAUGGAGAUGUUGGGAUCAACAUGCAGCAAGAGAAGGGCUACAGCAGUCUUCAGGAUGAAGCCAUGAAGAUCUUCAACUCCCUUCAGGAAAUCGAGUCAGUGUCUGACCCUAUCCCCAUUAUCCAGGGCAUCCUUCAGACCUGCCAUGAUCUCAGGGGCCUCCGCGAUGAAGUCUAUUGUCAGCUGAUCAAGCAAACCAAUCAUGUGCCACAGCCCAACAGCCCUGGUAAUCUUCACCACUGGCAGCUCAUGACCUGCAUGAGCUGUACCUUUCUUCCCAGCCGGGGAAUCCUCCGUUAUCUCAAGUUUCAUCUCAAGAGAGUAAAAGAUCUCUUUCUGGGCACGGAAGUAGACCAGUAUUCUCAGUUCAUCACUGAUUCCCUGAAGAGAACCAAGAGCAGAGAAUUUGUCCCCUCCCAGGAGGAAAUACAAGCACUUAUCGCUCGGGAGGAAAUGACCACUACUGUCUAUUGCCACGGAGGAGGUUCCUGUCAGAUCACUAUCAAUUCUCACACAAGUGCUGGGGAGGUGGUAGAGAAGCUGAUCCGUGGGCUGGCCAUGGAAGACAGUCGGAAUAUGUUUGCCCUCUUUGAGCGCAAUAAACAUGUAGAUAAAGCCAUCGAGAGCCGGGUGAUUGUAGCAGAUGUUUUGGCCAAGUUUGAGAGACUUUCUGGAUCCAUGGAAGAGGAUGUGGACGGCCAUUGGCAACUGUAUUUUAAACUCUAUUGCUUUCUCGAUAUUGAAAAUGUUCCCAAGGAGGGAGUGGAAUUUGCCUUUAUGUUUGAGCAGGCGCAUGAAAGUCUCAUUGAUGGUCACUUCCCCGGCCCAGAGGAGACCCUACAACACUUGGCAUCACUGAGAUUGCAGUAUCUUUAUGGGGACUAUUUCAAAAUCUCCUGGUCCCUCGACAGCGUCUAUCCAGUGAACCGUCUGAAGUCGAAAAUUCUGCAGUCAAUGAAGAGUAGCGGUUCCAGCAGCCAAGUUCUGGAGAGAAGGCGGACUAGCUUCCUGGAGGGCACUCUGAAGCGUGGCUUCAAGACAGGCUCUGUGAAGAAGCAAAAAGUGGAAGAGGAGCAGAUGGUAGAGAUGUGGGUGAAAGAAGAACUGUCAGCAGCUCGGGCCAGCGUAACGGAAAAAUGGAACAAACUGCAGGGGUUGCUACAGCAACAGGCCAUGGUGGCUUACAUGGCAAUCAUGAAAGAAUGGUCAGGUUACGGCUCCACCCUUUUUGACGUUGAGUGCAAAGAAGGGGGCUUUCCAAAUGACCUUUGGCUCAGCGUCAAUACAGAGAAUGUGUCAUUGUACAAACGGGGAGAGCCAAAGCCUCUGGAAACUUUCCAGUAUGAGCAGAUUAUCUUCUUUGGAGCUCCCCAGCCCAACACCUUCAAGCUGACUGUGGAUGAAAGAGAGAUGUACUUUGAAACGACCCAGGUGGGAGAAAUAAUUAAAAUCAUGAAGGCCUACAUCAACAUGAUUGUGAAGAAAUGCUGUAGCAUCAGAUCAGCCACCAGCUUGGACAGCCAUGGGAGUAUCUGGAUGAGGUGAUUGGAUUUGCAGAGUUAACUGUGCUGCUGAGAAGGACCUGUGGUGUGACUCAGCCAAAUUUGUAGCAGAUUCGUUUUGUAAGAAAACGUUACUCCGGAAUUCUCCUUCCAGCAUCUUGCCUGACAGACACAUAAAAGGGUUAGGGUUGAACAUCCAGACCUUUCAUAAUUAAAAUUAGAACAUCACAGGCUAGAUCCUGAGACAGUUUUAUGUGGGGUUUUCCUGAGCCCACUCUUGUGGGUCAGAUCUUACUGCAAGGACAACGCAAGAGCCAUUUUUUGCUUGAAAGAUCAUCAUGUGAAAACCUUUUCUGCAAUAAAAGCAGCAGGAGAGUUGCUAAGUUAAUAUCGGCAAGAAUUCCACAUCUGAGAGAGAUUUUGUUAGCUCUUCUCCUUGGGGUGGAGCAUGUGUGAUUUCUCAGGAAUGAGCUGCUACAUCUCAACAGACUUCCUCUUCCCAAGACUGUUACUACUAUCUCCAGUGGCUUCAAGCAAUGACUUCAACUUCCAAAUCAAUUUUCAGUACUACGUCUGUAGGCUUGGGACUCCUGCUACAUGGGAGAUCAGCCAUCACAAGGCUGCAUUAAUGUAAAGACAUGGCGUUUGUUCCUUCUUGAAGUCCUUCGUAAUUUUUCAUGCUGCAUGUUUGGGGAAAGUGCCACUUAGUAGAAAAAUAUUUAUCUGAUUCAUUCAGAGGAGAAAAUCAAAUUUUAUAUUCAUCUGUAUGCUGCAAGUUCUCUUUCUUCCUUGGCAAGGAAUUUGGACUUUGCAGUAUUUUUUUAAUGUUUUGCUUUUCUGCACUGCCAGCAUAUAUAAGCAAUGGGAAGAAGUGGUGGCAGAAAUAGCCCGAGUGCAUUCUCCUCUGGUCUGAUGCCUCCUGGAUACGUUGAUGAAAUUGUAACUGAAUAUAACUAAAGGCUGCCAGGCUAGAGACAGAUACUCUGACCCUAAGGUUAAAUGUGAUUUGUGUAGAAAAUAACACAUUGGCUCAUUUGCACUGAAAAUAAUUUUGAAAAAUCUUAAACAAAAUUCUGUGAUAAAAUGCUCUGAAUUCCUUGCUAAGAAAAUAGAGGCUCUGAACCCUCAAUACUGUUUCUGCAAAAUAAACAGGUUUAUCUUCAGAUCUAAUUCAUCUGGGUUUGAUAGCAACAAGAAAUAAAAGAAAUUAGUGACAUGAUGAAGCCCCUAUCUCAAAAGUAUGAACAUCUGGCGCGCUCUCGGUGCUGUCCAGAGGCUUUGGAUUAAAACUCCCACGGCCCCUUUCUUCUGUCUAUGGCAGCUGAGUCUAAAAAGAAUCAAAAUAUCAGAGAGCACAAUGUUAUCUAGCCUCUGUCCCAAUGUAAGUAUUAUUUCAGAGUUUAUAAUUGAGACAUCCAGGCUCUUGAAUUGUGUGCCCCUGCCCAAUCCUGAAUUUAUAUUGCUUUCAGUCAUAGUACGAAUGUUUGCCACUCCUGAUACAACUAAGCAACAUUUCCCAGGCUGGGCUUUCUCCUGAUGCAUGAACUUCAGCUCUUGGAUGUCCCAAAGGUGCUUUAUUUUUUUCAAGAGGCAACUGGAUUUUUCUUUGAAGACGUUUUGCUUCUUAUCCAAAAAGCUUCUUCAGCUCCAUGGACAUUCAGCUCUUUUAGUUCCCAAGGCUGAGGAAUGCUAAACUAGAGAUGUCCAUCUACCACCUUCUGGGAAUUUUUCACGCUGCAUGUUUGGGGAAGUGCCACUUGACAGCAAAACAUUUAUCUGGUUCGUUCAGAGGAUAAGGUUACAUUUUAUAUCCAACUGGGUGCUGCAGAAUGUCCAGCCCUCCCAGAACCCAUAGAAAAUGGACCUCUGCAAAGGAUUUCCCAAGCAGUGACCUUCCAUUCCCUCCUGUCUCUGGGAUUGCAAAUGAAGAACAUGACCAGAUGAACAAAAUUUCAGAUGACCACAAUUGCCAUCUUUUCAUUCUCUGCCGCAAUGGAGAAACAAUUAGAGACACCCCAAAAUAUUUGGUGCGUGUAAUGUGAUUACAUUGGCGAGGCUAGGAUCUAAACUUCACAAUUCAUCUCUCUAUAGACAUUGCCUUAAUAUGCCAGACUGAGUCCCAUACAGUUGCCCUUUCUUGCAUCUUUUCCAUUUCUGAACAUGGAACUGGGGAGACUGGUAGAAGAGACAUGUGACCUUAUUUUUUUGGUUCAAUAUGUUGACAUGGAUAGGCUUCCUCUCAACCGAGUGCCCACCUAAUGGAUCAAUAAUUUCCAGGCGCUGCAGCUGGCAUGUUGUAUAUUGGAGCGUGCCAAUUAGGUUUUCACACAUGGAGGGCACCACUUGGAGGAAGCCUGGAUUUCAAUCUCCAUGAUAUAGUCCUCUGCUCCCUUGAACCUGCAAUACUACUGUACUGCUAUAUCCUGGCUCAUGGGUUGCUGCAGGCAGCUGAAACCCAAUUGGGAAUGUAACAGACAUUAAUUGUAUUGCAGAUUUAUUUCUGCACUUCUUUGUUUAAUUUGUAACUGGCUUUACAAAACGGAGGUUUAAUAAAUUAUUGAUUGCAUAAUUA